AUGGAUUCGAACAAGUUUGAACAGCUAGGCUUGAGCUCAUUCUAUCACGCCAUACCAACUCUCGAUAAUGCCAACGACUGGUCGCAGUGGAACCAGAAAGUCAAGGAGUUUCUCCGAAUAUCUCCUGUGUCCAAGGAUGAGUCCAUCCCACCUCUGGAAGAGGAGGAAGCGCAGCAAUGGUCUCACCGCCAGACAUUCUACUCGGCAAUGAUCGCAGCAAAGCUGACCCACAAUGCGGCUCAGCGAAUAAACGCUUUCGAUAUCACCCGAGUCCAUUCACUGAUUAAAGCGGUAAAAGAAAACUUCAAGCCAGAAGGUUCAGGAACAUAUGUGAAUCUUCAGAGGAGGUACAUGUCACUUACCCGGGCAAGAUGUGGGAGUGCACAAGCCCUCGGGGCCGAGAUCAGGAAGAUCCAUGCCGAGAAACUCUUACUCGACCCCGCAUGUGUCACCUCUGAGAUCGAACGAACCUUCUUUUUCCUCCAUGCAUUAGGCCCGGAAUAUGAGAGCUUUCGCGACCAUAUCUUCAGACAAAUGGACAUAGUCAAUGACAGAGACGAGGACGGAAAUAUCACCAAAGCAGCUCCUACAUUUGACUACAUCGAAAAUAAGGCCAUUGAGGAGGAGCAUAGGAAGGAUCAGCUGGGCGACCAGCCCACAGAUACGAAUGCGCUUCCUGCCUUCACACUGAGCCAUAAGCCUCGAGACAGGAAAGUCAUACCGUCUCCAGAUGGGAAAACAUGCCGAGUCGAGAUGAACAACGUUCCUUUCUGUGCCUUCUGCCGAAAACCCUAUCAUAGAGAGUCACACUGCUUCAAAAAGGAUCGUAGCCUGAAGGAUCAAGAAAAGGAGAGAAUGACGCGCAGGCCAAGACCCAAAGAAGCGCACACCGGUGUUCGCAAUUCAUCAAAGCGGCGACCUAGUACGGAUCAUGAAGACGACGAUUCAGAAGGACCGAGAGACCCCAAAAGACCGACGUUUGUGGCGACACAGGCCUCAAAACAAGAUAUCAACGCGGCUUUCAGCGCCGAAAUUGAAGGAAACAUUGCCACAUUUGACUUCUUUCCCAGUAUGAUGGCCACAAAGUCCGCCUCGAUCAACGACGCCUGGAUUGUGGACAGCGGAUGUGCUCAGCACGUUUGCAACAAUGCCACAAGAUUCGUCAAGAUGGACAAAUAUGAUGGUCCACCGUUACGCAGUGUCGAUACCUCGACGGCUCCUUCUGGCAUAGGAAUAGCAAAUGUCCUAUGCAAUGUCCGAGGGAGGAAGAAAUGGCUUGUCCUAAAUGACGUUCUGUUCGUCCCGACUGCACAUGCGAAUCUCAUAUCCGUGUUGCAGCUUCUCAAUCGGGGGGGCAAAGAUUGA